CUAUCCGACCCCAAUUCAUAUGGUAAAUGGGCCAACAUCAGAGCCUGUGCAGCAGAAGCUGCAGCCGAGAGCGAAAUCGAUAUGGUGAGAACCAAAGAAGGCAUCUACACAGCUAAGCCUAAGAAAGUAGUGGUCUUAUGGGACUUAGAUAACAAGCCCCCUCGCGGGCCGCCGUACCAGGCGGCGAUGGCCUUAAAAAAAGUGGCCCAGCAUUUCGGCAACCUGGUUGAUAUCUCUGCUUACGCUAAUCGACACGCUUUCAUUCAUUUGCCCCAAUGGGUUGUUGAAGAACGCCGAGAACGACGGCGUAUGGACAUUCUUGAGAGGAAAGGUGUUUCUACCCCUUCUGAACCGUAUAUUUGCUCUGUUUGCGGGAGAAAAUGUAAGACACAUUUGGAUUUAAAGAAGCAUUUUAGGCAGUUGCAUGAGAGGGAGAGGCAAAAGAAGCUGAACAGAAUGAGGUCAUUGAAAGGUAAGAAACGACAGCGUUUUAAAGAAAGGUUUAUUGAUGGCAAUGAGAAGUAUAAUGAAGCUGCAAGGACUUUGACUUCGCCGAAAGUUGGGUAUGGAUUAGCCUCCGAGCUUAGGCGAGCUGGGGUGUUUGUGAAAACGGUGGAGGAUAAGCCACAGGAAAAUUUUACCAACAUUCCAAAGCCCCACAGUUAA